AUGUUUCUGGUGGUCCAGGAGCUUCUCCCUCCUCCUGCCUCCCGUGCCCUUACUCAGGAGCCUUCAGGGGUCCCUCAGAGCCUACGCCAUCAAAUCCAGAACCUUUGUCCAGUCUCAAGGCUGGACUUUUCACAACCAGAAUCCCACACCCCGUUUCACCCUCACACUCCUUCUCCUGGCUUUUCAUUUGCUGGGCGCCAUACCCACUGUUGUUUCCUUCACAUUCCCAUCUCUGCUCUUGUGCUGGUCGGCUCCCUCAUGGAACAGGGGUCAUUUUCCAGCCAAGUAUCCCCUCACCCUUGUUAUGUAACUGAGUCCUACCUGCUCUGGGAAACGCUCCAGGGGCACUCUGCCCUGUGCUUUGAGUGGUGUUUGGGUGGGGCACGGGUCUUUGGCCAGCUUUGGCCUUAUGUUUCCCUGGCACAGUGA